UCCGUAUCCGUUUAAGCAGAUCCAUUACCCACGCUCGACGACUUGUUGCCAAGUCCAGUUCCACUGCCAAAAACGCCCUGACCGCCAGCCCUGGGACUUGGGCCAUAGCAAUUGAAGCUUUCGGCAACGCCGCAUCACAAGCUGCCGAGGAACCCGCAAAAGUGGCUCUUUGCAAAUUUGGGAAACCAUUAUCGCUUGCCUCGCCCUUGUCUCUCUACGUCACCCCUCGUCGUCUGCAAAUCCCAUAUAAACGCACAGUCGUGCCAGAUAGCCUCUUGCACAACCACCAUCUGCACCAAGUGAGGCACGAAUACACAAAAAUGGCAUCCCUCGGUGUUGGUCGCAAGCACAAAGUCACGGUGGUCGGCUCCGGCAACUGGGGUACCACCAUGGCUAAACUAGUCGCCGAGAACGUCAAGGAGCACCCCUCUCUGUUUGAAGAAACAGUGCAGAUGUGGGUGUUUGAGGAGGAGUACACAAUCCCAAAGGAUUCGCGUCACUACAGCGGCUCGGAUCAGCCUGAAAAGCUUUCCCAGCUCAUCAACAGGGUCCAUGAGAACGUCAAGUACCUCCCAAACAUCACGCUCCCGUCCAACGUCAUUGCCAAUCCCGAUCUCCCCGCCUCGUGCAAGGAUUCCACGAUACUCAUCUUUGUGCUGCCCCAUCAAUUCAUCGCGCGUUCAUGCCAGCAACUGGUCGGAAAGAUCCUCCCCUAUGCGCGAGCCAUCUGCUGCACAAAGGGUGUGGAUGUCAGCGAGAAGGGCAUUCGGUUGAUGUCGGAGACGAUUGGCAUGACGCUCAACAUCUACUGCGGUGCUUUGUCGGGUGCGAACAUUGCAUCUGAGAUUGCCCAGGAGAAGUAUUCUGAGACUACCGUGGCAUACGACCCGCCACCGCUAGACUCGCGCCAUCCCACCCCAAGCGGCUCACCCAACGCUUCUCAGGUUGACCUCACUACUCACGUCGACCUGAUUGACCCUAGCAAGUCGAAGCCCAGCAAGCGCUCUGCGCAUCUGACUGCUCUGCCCAACGAGUACCCGCCUCUGUCACACGAAAACGUCCGCAAGCUCUUCCACCGUCCCUAUUUCCAUGUACAUAUUGUCAACGACGUCGCGGGUGUCUCGCUCGGUGGAGCUCUGAAGAACAUCAUCGCUCUUGCAGCGGGUUUUGUGGACGGUCUGGGAUGGGGUGACAACGCCAAAGCCGCUGUCAUGCGUGUUGGUAUCCUGGAAAUGGUCAGGUUUGGCAAGGCCUUUUUCGGAGAGAGCGCACGCACCAGCACAUUCACUGAGGAAAGCUGCGGUGUAGCUGAUGUUGUGACAUCGUGCAUGGGUGGACGAAACUUUCGUUGCGCAAAGAUGGCUGUCCAGCGCGGCAAGCCUAUUGAUGAGAUUGAGCAGACGGAGCUUAAUGGGCAGAAGCUGCAGGGUACCAGCACUGCUUACGAGGUCAAUGAGUUCCUGAAGGCCCAGGGCAUGGAGGACGACUUUCCCCUGUUCACCGCCGUCUACAACAUUCUCGAGGGCAAGAACAAGCCCGAGGAUAUCCCUCAGCUCAUCGAGAAGAAGCCGUAAACUGGACAAGAUUUCGAUUAGGAGGAUGAUAGCCGAAGCCAACACGUACAACCCGAUGAUUACAUUCAGAUGCGAAUACCCCUUACGGUAGAAUAUUAUCUCUAUUGCAUGAUUUUGAUUAU